ACGAAUGAAUUCCCAUCGAUAACAGAGAGCCAGAGACAUCAGGAAACGCAGGAUGAAACCUCAUUCAAGAUUUCAAUUACUUUACACAUGUCUAGUCGUUGGACAGCUGAUUGCCAUCGGGUAUGGAGCAGAGAUUAUGACAGCCGGAAUCGCUGGUGGAGGAACAACCGCAUCGAGCACCAGCAACCCAACGUCGUCUAGUCAAUCAGCGUCAGCACCUUCCGCCUACCAAAGCCCACUGUUGGGGACUCGUCGCCCAACGUCUAGCUUAAGCAGUAUUAAUACUAUUACCACCAUUACCACCAUUACCACCGAAUCUACCACAGCGACCUCUGCUACCAUUAGCAAUCAAACAAAAGACGAUCUGGCGCAAACCGCCCAAGAUGCCUUCGGAACGACCUGGACCGCUCGCAAGUUUGUCAACAAACCGACGUACGAUCGGAAAGCGACGUAUGGUAAACGUUUCGAGGGUGCCCUACAGCCACGGAUCAGAGAUCUGGGUGACUGGCGAUGUCCCAAUGUGUCCGAGGGUGCGAAUCUCGAGUGCAGCUGUGACUUACCACACACGCUACGAUGUAGCGGUGAUCUGCACGGGCUGGAAGUGAUAGCAGACAGCUUGCGACGAUCGCCAUACGAAGUGUCGCUGCUGGACUGUACGCUCAAGAACGUGACCAGCAUUAGCGAUGCGAACAUCUUCCAAAACGUCUCACUGCAAGGGUUGGUGAUCUCGUCUGGAGAAAUUAAACGAGUUCAUAGGCUCGCAUUUGCCGGUAUUCGAACGCCACUGCAAGCACUUGGACUACCGAACAAUGCGCUCGAGAGUGUUCCGAUGCAGUCUCUCAUUGCCCUUGGACAGCUUGACCGUUUAGAUCUUUCUUUCAACAAGAUUAAGUCGUUACAAAAUGGAGAUUUUUUGGCCGUACCAAAGCUCUCCUAUCUUGAGCUGAGUAAUAAUCAGAUUUCGCUUAUUACACCGAAAAGUUUGAUGCCAUUGAAAAGUCUACUUCAUCUUAAACUGAACGGAAACCGACUGGGAGAAUCUCCGGAGAGCUUGAAAGCAUUGGUAUCUUGUUUAAGCCUUAAGGAGCUGCACCUACAUUCGAACAGGAUACGAGGUCCGCUACAGAAUUCCACGUUACCACGGAUCCGUGGACUAGAGAUCCUUUACCUAGACAAAAACUCCAUCUCCAGCAUCCAUAAUGGUGCGCUGGAGGCGUACCCUUACCUGCAGAUGCUGUCACUUCGCAGCAAUCAAAUCGAUGUUCUACAAGAUCAUGCAUUUUCUGGCUUAGCUUCCCUCCAGAUGCUCGAUCUUGGGCAUAACGGGAUUGUUACCAUUUCGGAUGCAUCUCUCAAACAUUUACCGCGACUCAUUAUAUUGGAUCUUACACACAACUUCCUGCGAGCACUUACGGCCGAUGUGGUUGCACCGUUACCUGCCCUGAAGGAGCUUCGACUAGACGGCAACGAUAUCUCACUGAUAUCAGAGAACGCACUAGUGAACGCGAGUCAACUGCACAGUUUAUCUCUGGAAAGUAACCCGCUCGUGUGUGACUGUACGAUGAAACCAUUCCUGCAAUGGUUGGCUGGAGUACGACCUGCAUCGCAAGGAAUUCUUGGAGCAAUCUGUGCCACACCACCGUAUCUGGAGGGUGCUGAUCUGUUGCAGAUUGCACCGGAAACGCUUACCUGUGGUGAGGGUGGUGGCAAGCAGCAAACCGAACGCGCAACUUUCCAGACGAUCGAGGUGAUGCUGAAGCUGAAAAACAAUGCAUCGUAUGUGCGAGACGUUGGCAGUGAGGUGCGAUUGCGGGAGGUUAAUUUCACCGACGAAAGUGAUGUCUAUCUGAGCUGGCUGCUAGGAACCGAUGAUUAUUCGUGCCGAUUCGUGUACGUCUUUCACACGGACGAUCCCGAAAUGAUCCUGUACAAUUCGGAGGUCUCAUGUGCUGUGAAACCGGAAUCUCCUGCUACGGCCAUGGAGUACAUCUACAGUAGCAAGCUGAUAGGGGCGUACGACUUACAAAGCAAUGUUAGCUACAAAUUUUGUCUAAUCAUGAAGGAAGACAUCUCCAAGGAUGAGUAUCUCGGUGCCUGUAAAGCGGCCGCUUUACCCCGACCGCAUAUUAACACAGCAAAGAGGAAGUCAAUAAAGAAGGAGCUUCUGAUAAGUACGCGCCAGACAAACGAGUCGGACAUUUCGGACUUUGAUCGCAUUUCUUCCGAAUUCCGGCGUGAUGAUCGGAAUCGGGAUGAAUUACUCAAGGGACGUGACAGUGACGACGAUGAGGAGAAGGUGGAGGAAGAGCAGGAGGAUCAAGUCACUGACGAGACCGAUCGUGUUGAUCAUCCCGUUGCGGAAACAGUAGACUACAACGACAACAGCGACAUGGACAAUAGCAGCGACGAGGACGAGGAUGGUGAUGAGAGUGUUGGUGUGCUGUCGAACCACAUUCGUGAUGAUCCCGAUUUUCGCCAGUUGCAACUAGCGGCCGAAGCGGAAGCAGCACGGCUUCCAUCAGUGCACGGUGGUCGUGUGCUGCUGGAGGGCUUGGGGACAAUAAUUAUUAUUACCAGUUUGGUAGCGUUUAUUUGGGGACUGGUACGCUUCAAAGGGGAACACCGUCAUCUACCGUCUAUGGCAAGCUGCUACGCUGUGGAUGAUAGGAGACGCAGCUCACACCAGGACGUAGAAAGUCGUAGUCGGUACUUUAAGCUACAGGCAACCACCAGUCUGUGAGUCAC